AUGUAUAUGUUGUUCACCCGUGAAAAUGGUAUACCAUCCCACAAGACUUUGAAGAUCAAGAAGAUCCUUGGUAAGAAGCAAAAGCAAAACAGAUCAGUCCCACAAUGGAUUAGAUUAAAGACUGGUAACACCAUCAGUCUUAAAAAGUUAGAUGUGAUCAUAUUGACGAUCAAAGUUGUUGUUUUUGUUUUUGUUAUUGUAAAAGGCAAUAUUCCUCUAUGGUUCUAUCACAAGACCGACUGUCAGGUGACACCAUUGGCAAGAGAUGACAUCAAGAAGGGAACUCCAAGUGGUAUGUUUCAACUCGACUACUAA